UAAUGUCAGCACCAUUUUAUACAGUGAAAGUAAACUCAUGACAUUAAUAAAAGGAUGUACCAGCUUAAGAUUUCAUUCGCGGUUAUGCAGAAUACUUGAAAAAAAAUAACAAGAUCAAGAUUCCAGAAUGGGCUUCAAUUGUUAAGACAGGACUUGGAUAAGAAAUCUCACCAAUUGACUAAGAUUGGAUGUAUGUUAGAGCUGCAGCACUUGCUCGUAAAAUUUAUGUUAGAGGACAUUGGGUAUUAAUAAUUAAUUAAUUAACUUCAGGGAGUUGGAAAUCUGACUCACAUGUUUGGCUCAGUUAAUGAUAAUGGAAAACAUGAAUCUGGAUCUGGAAAAGUCAUUAGAUAUUUACUCUAAUAAUUGGAAGCUAUUAAAGUUUUAAAGAAAGAUAACAAAUCACUUUUAAAGAAAGGUUCAAGAAUUGUAACCAAAGAAGGAUAAUAAGAUUUAAAUAGAAUUGCAACUCAAGUUGCCUUAGCUGCCAGAAAAUGAU